UAAAAGUCGCAGGAAAGUUGUAAAAGCUAUUCAAUCUUGAAGAAUCGGUCCAAAACACGGUUAUCAAGAUGAUCGCCCUCGCACUCACGCUGAGUGUCCUCUUCGGCGGAGCCCUCUCGCUGCUGUGCCCGUCCCAGGUCGACCCGUCGGUAACGGUCAACGUGGCCCAUCCGACGACCUGUGCCAAGUACAUGUCCUGCGUCCAUACCCAACCAAUGGAAAUGUACUGCCCGGGGGGACUCGAGUGGAACGACCACGACUCGCUUUGCGACUACCCGGGUCGGUCCGGAUGCGUGAGGAACGUUCCGGAAGAAGUGGCCCGGCUCAACGGGAGUGAACUGGCCGCGGCCAGUGUCUGCUUGCCGCAGGAGGCGAGCGGGUGUCCGUUGAACUCGAGCCCGGGUGAGGUUGCAUUGAGAAAGCAUCGGAACUGUCGAAUGUACUACUCGUGCUCGCUGGGCAAGGAAAGUCCGAUGUACUGUCCGAAGGGGUUGUACUGGAAUGCCGGAAGUUGUCGCUGUGACUACGAGAGUGAUGUCGAGUGUGGUGAGGAUGGGGAGCGACCGGUGGAAGAAGAGGAGGAGCAGGAGGUGGCAGUCGAUGAGGUCCCGGAGGAAGAGCAAGAAGAACAGGCUGAGGAACUGCAGGCGGAAUCACAGGUCGAGUACGAAUCAUCUUCUCGGUUGAGAUUCCGUCGUGAUGCUGGUGAAACUACUGAGUCUAGCAAUUCUGCAAGCUCGACCGGAUCGGAGAGUUCUGGCAGCACUACCGUUGCUGGAAAUUCCGGAAGUUCUGAUAGUCCUGGUAGCUCAGGAGGUUCAGGAAACUCUGGAGGUUCGGGAGGCUCCGGUGGAAAUAAGCCCAUCGAGGGUGGAAAUGGUGACGGCACCGUCGCUGCUGGCGCUGGAAUUCGUGAGGUGUCCGCUUUUGCUGUAAUGCUGGCAACACUGGUAUUGAAUGCCAUGUAGGUAUGGAGGAAAUCACCAAGGUGGAGAGGAAAUGAAAUGUAGUUUAAAAAAAGGUGAUGGGGAAAACCAAUAAUACAGUAGCAAUUUUCUGGCAAAUCAA